CACAGGCUGGAGAGUGACGUCAUUUCUACCGACGCGUCCGCGCGUGUGCGCAUGCGCACCGACACAUCCACAGUGGACAUCUUGGAAUUAAAGGGGCGCCGAGCGAAUCCUGACAAAAGCGACGAUUCCAGGACGCUGGUCUGCUGGAUCAUGUCCACGAUGCUGUCUCCUCGUGAUGAGAAGCUGGAGAAGCUGUCGCAGGAGGAGAUCAUCUCCAACACCAAGCUGGUGAUCCAGGGUCUGGAGGCGCUGAAGAACGAGCACAACUCCAUCCUGCACAGCCUCCUGGAGACCAUCAAGUGCCUGAAGAAGGACGAGGAGGCCAGCGUGGUUCACGAGAAGUCCAGUCUGCUCAGGAGAUCUGUGGAGAUGAUCGAGCUGGGGCUGGGCGAAGCUCAGGUGAUGAUGGCUCUGUCCAAUCAUCUGAACGCGGUGGAGUCGGAGAAGCAGAAGCUGCGUGCUCAGGUGAGGCGUCUCUGUCAGGAGAACCAGUGGCUGCGAGACGAGCUGGCAAACACACAGCAGAAGCUGCAGAAGAGCAAGCAGAGCGUGGCACAGCUGGAGGAGGAGAAGAAACACCUGGAAUUCAUGAACCAGCUCAAGAAGUACGACGAGGACGUGUCUCCUUCGGAGGAGAAAAACGGUGAGCCGCCCAAGGACUCUCUGGAUGAUCUUUUUCCUAACGAUGAGGAGGAACACACUCAAGGAAUGCAGCACCAGCACAACAGUGCGGCGGUGGCGGCGGCGCAGCAGGGCGGCUACGAGAUCCCGGCGCGGCUGCGGACGCUUCAUAACCUGGUGAUCCAGUACGCGUCUCAGGGCCGCUACGAGGUGGCCGUGCCGCUCUGCAAACAGGCUCUGGAGGAUCUGGAGAAAACAUCUGGACACGACCACCCCGACGUGGCCACCAUGCUCAACAUCCUGGCACUCGUGUACAGGGAUCAGAAUAAAUAUAAAGAGGCGGCUCACCUGCUGAACGACGCUCUCUCCAUCAGAGAGAAAACUCUGGGCAAAGACCAUCCUGCUGUUGCAGCCACUCUCAAUAAUCUGGCAGUGCUGUACGGGAAGAGAGGCAAGUAUAAGGAGGCCGAGCCGCUGUGUAAACGAGCGCUGGAGAUCCGAGAGAAGGUGCUGGGGAAGGAUCAUCCUGACGUGGCGAAGCAGCUGAAUAACCUGGCCCUGUUGUGUCAGAAUCAGGGGAAGUAUGAGGAGGUGGAGUAUUAUUACUGCAGAGCGCUGGAGAUCUACGAGCAUCGGCUCGGCCCGGACGACCCCAACGUGGCCAAAACCAAGAACAACCUGGCCUCCUGCUUCCUCAAACAAGGCAAAUACAAAGAAGCCGAGGUCCUGUACAAAGAGAUUCUGACCCGCGCUCACGAGAAGGAGUUCGGAUCGGUGGAUGCCGAAAACAAGCCCAUCUGGAUGCACGCGGAGGAGAGAGAGGAGAUGAGCAAGGGGAAGCACAGAGACAACACACCAUACGGAGAAUACGGAGGCUGGUACAAAGCCUGUAAAGUCAACAGCCCGACGGUCAACACCACGCUGAGGAACCUGGGAGCUCUGUACCGCAGACAGGGCAAGAUGGAGGCAGCAGAGACACUGGAGGAGUGUGCCACCAGAUCACGCAAACAGGGUCUGGAUGUGGCCCAUCAGACGCGUGUGGUGGAGCUCCUGAAGGAGGACGAGAGCGCUGAGCGCCGGCGCAGCAGAGACAGAGACAGAGACAGAGACAGCGUGAAGUACGAGAGCAGCUCUGAGGGAGCAGAUGAAGUGAGUAUGGCCAUCGAGUGGAGCGGGGCAUAAAGCCAUCAAGAGUUUCCAUCAUCUUCUUCCUCCUCACACAGGAAGGCCGUGUUUGUUUGUUUCCUCUGGACGUCCAUCCUGUGCCGUAACGGGUGUCCUUUAUUCGUCAGAGGGAUGUGUCUCUCCUCAGUUCUGCUUCUUCUUUUCAUUCUUCGGGUGACGUGACAUCGUCUUUGGGCUCUUCAUCUGCUCUUCUCUCUCGUCUCUGAUCUGCUGAUAAUAGAUGUCAACAGAUCAGUGCUUUCAGACAGACUGAUCACAGUUCUUUCAGACAGAACACUGUUAAUUCUGCAGAUUUGAUGGUUUUGGCUCUUUUUUGCUGUCAAUGGUUUCGAGUGUGUUUCGUCAUUAGUGUUCGACAGAAACUUGCUCUUGAUACUGUUUUUGUUUUGUUUUUUGUGAUCUAUGAUAAAUGAUGAAUUCAUAUUGCUUGAGGAUGUAUGUGAUGCAUCCAAAAUCAAACAACACAAGAGAAACGUCACAGC